AUGCCACCCGCAGCAGCGCAGCCAAAGCCGCAGCCCCCUCCAGUCCCAAAGUCGCGCACCAGUCCGGACAAGAACCGACCAAGCACACCAUCCGCCGCCAGCGAGGAAAAGUGGUACAAAGUCUUCGUGCCAGAAUUCGACCGAGUGAGCCCAGAUCCUCUUGAAGAACACAUAAAGAGAUUCCACGUCGGCAUCUUCAUUGAAAAAGACCCGGAAUCUGGCAUAGGAGACUUUUUUCACGUCACCGGCGACCUUAUGAUGAGAAAUGGCAUGAGCUACGAGACAAAGACGAACUGGGACGCGAGAAACUCUCGUCAAUUCGUAAAAAUGACACAGCUUGGAUGGAUUCACGAAACAGAUUCCAGUUUUUCUACAAUAGACAGUAUCUUGAGGAAAGUGGAUAGGCCGGCCAGACAGCAGGGAAUCAACUUUGAGCUCAAGGAUGAGACGUGGAAUAGGGUUGUGUGGAUAGAGGAAGAUGGGAGGCCUUCACCGAAUAAUAUUCCCACGCGCCAAAUUAGGAAAUGUAACGAGUGGGUAUGGGAUGCGGAAGAGGCGUUGGACAAGGCUGGUAUUUUGAAGUGGAGAAGAGAGGUUGACCAGAGUGAUAAGUCAACCCGGCGGCCACUUGGAUUGAUAUUGAAAGCCGAAAAUUGA